GGGGGACCAGUGUCUCACCAACAACUCCACCUACUUGGAAGUCGCCGGGAGUAACACCACGCUGGUGAAGCACGCCAAGACCCAGCAAACCGUGGGGACGCUGAUGAACCUCAGCUCUGACGACGUUCUACUCAUCCAGUACCAACUGCGGCGGGAGAGGACCUAUUUGGGGCUGUAUCUCUACGCCCGAAGCCUGAACGCCAGCACGAGCCUGCGGGAAGAGUUCGAGGGUCACGCCAAGCGCCUGGGGCUGAGCGAUGAGGAGAUCGUGUACGCGCCGUGGAGAACCGAGCUGUGUCAAGAGAAGGAAAUCGAGGAAGGGAAGAGCCCGUGCAGCGAGCCUGCAGCCGACACGGCAUCCCCUCCUCCGGACAUCCGGCGCCACGGGAUGGAAUAA